CAUCCGGGUUCAACCGCAGGUUCUGACCGAGAGCAGGCGGAACCUUUCUUCCGCGCCUCCAAUUAAGUUGCGCGGUGGGGACUAUUUAGGCCACCGCGCACCGCUCUCCACGGGUACAGCAGUUUGCCUGGCGCAGCGAAGGCGCGCGUGAGGGUUCUGUUUGCUCCUUCCUUCCUCGUGAACAGCAUGGACGUGCUUGCGGAGGAGUUUGGGAACUUGACCCCGGAGCAGCUGGCUGCGCCGAUCCCGACUGUAGAGGAAAAAUGGCGGCUGCUUCCAGCAUUUUUAAAGGUGAAAGGCCUUGUGAAACAGCAUAUAGAUUCAUUUAACUAUUUCAUUAAUGUAGAGAUAAAGAAAAUAAUGAAAGCCAAUGAAAAGGUUACGAGUGAUGCUGACCCCAUGUGGUACUUAAAAUAUCUUAAUAUCUAUGUCGGACUUCCUGAUGUUGAAGAAAGCUUCAAUGUAACUAGACCAGUGUCCCCUCAUGAGUGCCGGUUGCGGGACAUGACGUACUCCGCCCCCAUCACAGUGGAUAUUGAAUACACCCGAGGCAGCCAGAGGAUCAUCCGCAACGCCUUACCCAUUGGCAGAAUGCCCAUAAUGCUACGUAGUUCAAACUGUGUUCUUACAGGAAAAACACCAGCAGAAUUUGCCAAACUGAAUGAAUGUCCGUUAGAUCCAGGGGGCUACUUCAUUGUUAAAGGAGUAGAAAAAGUUAUUCUUAUUCAAGAGCAGCUGUCUAAGAACAGGAUCAUCGUGGAGGCUGACAGAAAAGGAGCCGUGGGUGCUUCAGUUACCAGCUCUACCCAUGAGAAAAAAAGCAGAACCAAUAUGGCUGUGAAACAAGGACGAUUUUAUUUGAGGCAUAAUACUUUGUCAGAAGAUAUACCCAUUGUCAUCAUAUUUAAGGCCAUGGGCGUUGAGAGUGACCAGGAAAUUGUGCAGAUGAUUGGAACAGAGGAGCACGUGAUGGCUGCAUUUGGGCCCAGUUUGGAAGAGUGCCAGAAAGCUCAGAUUUUCACACAGAUGCAGGCAUUAAAAUAUAUAGGGAACAAAGUAAGAAGGCAAAGGAUGUGGGGAGGUGGACCAAAGAAAACCAAAAUAGAAGAAGCAAGAGAGCUCCUGGCUUCUACCAUUCUGACCCAUGUACCAGUUAAAGAAUUCAAUUUCCGAGCCAAAUGUAUCUAUACUGCAGUGAUGGUGCGAAGAGUAAUUCUGGCCCAAGGAGAUAAUAAAGUUGACGACAGAGAUUAUUAUGGUAACAAGCGAUUGGAGUUGGCAGGACAGCUUUUAUCUCUUCUUUUUGAAGAUUUGUUCAAAAAAUUUAAUUCUGAAAUGAAGAAGAUUGCAGACCAGGUGAUUCCUAAGCAAAGAGCAGCCCAGUUUGAUGUCGUGAAACACAUGCGUCAGGACCAGAUUACCAAUGGCAUGGUGAAUGCCAUUUCAACCGGAAAUUGGUCUCUGAAGAGAUUUAAAAUGGAUCGCCAGGGUGUGACUCAGGUGCUGUCUCGCUUAUCAUAUAUAUCCGCACUGGGCAUGAUGACAAGAAUCUCUUCCCAGUUUGAAAAAACAAGAAAAGUGAGUGGUCCUCGAUCCCUCCAGCCGUCUCAGUGGGGAAUGCUCUGCCCUUCGGACACUCCUGAAGGAGAGGCAUGUGGUUUGGUUAAAAACUUGGCCCUUAUGACGCACAUCACAACUGACAUGGAAGAUGGACCCAUUGUUAAAUUAGCCAGUAACCUGGGAGUAGAAGAUGUGAAUUUAUUAUGUGGGGAAGAGCUGUCUUACCCAAAUGUGUUUCUUGUCUUUCUUAAUGGUAACAUCCUGGGUGUCAUUCGAGACCACAAGAAGCUGGUGAAUACAUUUCGACUGAUGCGAAGAGCAGGAUAUAUCAAUGAAUUUGUUUCCAUCUCAACGAAUCUGACAGAUCGGUGUGUCUAUAUUUCCUCUGAUGGAGGAAGGCUGUGCAGACCCUAUAUAAUUGUUAAGAAACAGAAGCCUGCAGUCACAAAUAAGCAUAUGGAAGAGCUGGCUCAGGGGUACAGGAAUUUUGAAGAUUUCUUGCAUGAGAGUCUCGUAGAAUAUUUAGAUGUGAAUGAAGAAAAUGACUGUAACAUUGCACUCUAUGAACAUACAAUUAAUAAAGAUACCACCCACUUGGAGAUUGAACCCUUCACUCUUCUUGGCGUUUGUGCUGGCCUGAUCCCAUACCCUCAUCACAACCAGUCCCCAAGAAACACAUAUCAGUGUGCCAUGGGGAAACAAGCCAUGGGUACCAUUGGCUACAACCAGCGGAACAGAAUUGAUACUCUCAUGUAUCUCCUGGCAUAUCCACAAAAACCCAUGGUUAAAACAAAGACUAUUGAGUUAAUAGAAUUUGAGAAACUGCCAGCUGGACAGAAUGCGACAGUUGCUGUGAUGAGUUAUAGUGGCUAUGAUAUAGAAGAUGCUCUUGUUUUAAACAAGGCUUCCUUGGACAGAGGCUUUGGGCGUUGCCUUGUAUAUAAAAAUGCUAAAUGUACUUUGAAACGAUAUACCAAUCAGACUUUUGAUAAAGUGAUGGGGCCGAUGUUGGACGCUGCUACAAGGAAACCCAUCUGGAGACAUGAAAUUUUAGAUGCAGAUGGUAUUUGUUCUCCAGGUGAGAAAGUAGAAAACAAGCAAGUGCUUGUAAAUAAGUCCAUGCCCACAGUGACUCAGAUUCCCUUGGAAGGAAGUAAUGUGCCCCAGCAGCCGCAGUACAAAGAUGUGCCCAUCACCUACAAAGGGGCAACGGAUUCAUAUAUUGAAAAAGUGAUGAUAUCUUCGAAUGCUGAAGAUGCUUUUCUGAUCAAAAUGCUGCUGAGACAGACAAGGCGUCCAGAGAUUGGAGACAAAUUCAGCAGUCGUCAUGGGCAAAAAGGUGUUUGUGGCUUGAUCGUCCCUCAGGAAGACAUGCCAUUUUGUGAUUCUGGCAUCUGUCCGGACAUCAUAAUGAACCCCCAUGGCUUCCCAUCUCGAAUGACGGUGGGAAAGUUAAUAGAGCUGUUGGCGGGCAAGGCCGGCGUGUUAGACGGCAGAUUCCACUACGGCACUGCGUUUGGAGGCAGUAAAGUGAAGGAUGUGUGUGAGGACCUCGUUCGCCACGGUUAUAACUACUUGGGGAAAGACUAUGUUACAUCUGGCAUCACAGGUGAACCCUUGGAAGCAUACAUCUAUUUUGGCCCCGUGUACUAUCAGAAACUGAAACACAUGGUGCUCGAUAAGAUGCAUGCCCGGGCCCGGGGACCACGAGCUGUCCUUACCAGGCAACCUACUGAAGGUCGAUCUCGUGAUGGUGGUUUGCGUCUUGGAGAAAUGGAACGUGACUGUUUAAUCGGUUACGGAGCAAGUAUGCUUUUACUAGAGAGACUGAUGAUUUCAAGUGAUGCCUUUGAGGUUGAUGUCUGUGGGCAGUGCGGACUUCUUGGGUACUCCGGCUGGUGCCAUUUCUGCAAGUCAUCCUGCCACGUGUCCUCCCUGCGCAUCCCGUACGCCUGCAAGCUGCUCUUCCAGGAGCUGCAGUCGAUGAACAUUAUCCCCAGGUUGAAACUGUCCAAGUACAAUGAGUAAGGAUGGAAAAAACGGUUAUUUAAAGAGAACAGUCGGUAUGUUAAAACACAGCGGAAAGCGGAAGGGUGGAAGGGAUGAGGACCACUUCUGCUCCCGGGAAUAAUUCCUGUGAAUGUUCUCUCUCUCUGCAAAAACAAACAAACAAACAACAACAACAACAGAAAACCCAUGAAAUUGAUGGAGAGGCUUUUUGUACAUUAGGAGACUGGCUGAACAACCUCGAUCAACGAGCCUCGGGCCACGGAGGAGGUGCCAAUGACAUGGACUGUAACAAAGUCUCUCAUCCGUGUACCGAAUGCGAUUCACAAGUGGAUAUGACCUAAAAGAUAAAUAAACUUUUAUUCAUGUUCUGGUAUCUUGAAAUUUACUCAUUAGAAAGACCUUCCUCCUUAAAAAAAAAUGUUUGGGGUUAAAUAAAACUCAGAUUCUUAUGAAGCGGGAAAGACGUGAAGAAUCUUUUUGAGUUGGUUGACUCGGCCUUUGUCCAGGAGGCUGAUCUGAGCCAUAUCUGAAGGAAAGACAACUGCAGGAAGCUGGGAAAGCGAAUGGUAAGAGGGGUGCGGUUCUUAUCUUGUGCGGUGAGGAGAUAAAUUUUCCCAACAAUUGAAUCUUGUCUGUAUAUACCCAACUUUUUAAUUCUAACCUUGGUAAAGAUAAUAAAUGUCUUCCUACCAUCUUAAG